AUGUCAUUCCGCAGUCCUUUCGCAGUUCCCCGGCGGGUAUGGGCCAAUGCCGCGACCUCCGCCAUCCGGCCCAUGCCUCGUAACUGUCUGGCUUUUGGCGGUAACCAGAGAUACGGCAUGGCCACAGCAGUGCCACCGGUCACCCAGGAUGCGACGGGUUCGAAGGGUCCUACUGCGAUGGUUUUCCUAAACAUGGGUGGUCCAUCGACGACCGCCGAGGUGGAGGAUUUCCUCGGUAGGCUAUUUGCUGAUGGCGAUCUCAUUCCACUGGGACGAUUCCAAAAAUACCUCGGACCUCUCAUUGCGCGCCGACGGACCCCCAUGAUUCAGAAGCAGUACGCAGAUAUCGGUGGUGGUUCACCGAUCCGGAAGUGGUCCGAGUACCAAUGCGAAGAGAUGUGCAAGCUGCUGGAUAAGAUGUCCCCGGAGACCGCUCCGCACAAGCCCUAUGUCGCUUUCCGUUACGCUGCUCCCUUGACCGAGACUAUGUAUAACCAGAUGCUGGCAGAUGGCUUUGGAAAUGGCAAGGGAGGUCGCGCGGUGGCGUUCACGCAGUACCCUCAGUACUCCUGCUCUACAACCGGUAGCUCGCUAAACGAGCUGUGGAAGUGGCGCAAUCGCCUGGAAGGAAAGCGGGCUACUGGCGAGGCCGAUCCUGCCGGUGCUAUCGAGUGGAGUGUGAUCGACCGGUGGCCUACUCACUCCGGUCUUGUCGAGGCCUUUGCGCAGAACAUCGAGGCACAGCUGAAGACCUACCCGGAGGAGAAGCGUAAGGAGGUUGUGUUGCUGUUCUCUGCCCACAGCUUGCCUAUGGAUGUUGUCAACCGCGGUGACCCCUACCCCGCCGAAGUCGCCGCGACUGUCCACGCUGUUAUGUCGCGCCUGAAUUUCAGCAACCCCUACCGCCUGUGCUGGCAAUCUCAGGUUGGCCCGAAGGCAUGGCUCGGAGCCCAAACUCAGGAUACCGUUAUGGAAUACGUCAAGCGCGGCCAGACCGAUCUGGUUCUUGUGCCCAUUGCAUUCACCAGCGAUCACAUCGAGACCUUGUAUGAGUUGGACUUGGAGGUCAUGCACGAAGCUAACAGCCCCGGAGUCAAGCGAGCUGAGAGUCUCAAUGGCAACCCGGUCUUCAUCCAGGCUUUGGCCGACAUUGCUCACGCCCACUUGAAGAAGGGCGAACCAUGCUCUGCCCAAAUGACUCUACGCUGCCAAGGCUGCAAGAGCGAGCGAUGCUUGGAAUCGAAGAAGUUCUUCGCUGGCAAGCAGCAUGGUUCGCUUGUUAUGUAA